AUGUACAACCUGGUGAAAAAAUCAUUUCGUGUCCACUUAUAUGUAAUGCGUAUUCUUGGCCACUACCCCACACGAAAACACCAAACACUGUACAAAAUAUACGCGUACUUCGUUUAUUGCGUCUUUACAAUACCCGUCCCCACCCUGGCGAGUGUCUACUUACUAACCGAAAAAAACGUGGACUUGGCUCAACUAUCAGACAGCGCUUUCCUUAUCUGCCAAGUCGGAUGUUUCAUAGCCAAAUUCGUCCCCUUUUGGAAAAACUCAGACAAAAUCAGACAAAGCAUCUACAUGUUAGAGGAGCCAAUCUUCAGCCAACAUUCCCCAAAACAAGAAACAAUUUUAAGCGAAUGUGUAAGAAUAUGCAGACGUAACUGCUGGUUGAACCUGUCUCUGGUGGCAAUGGCUUUUGCAAGCUGGUCUACAGCACCGUUUGCUAGAAACAUGGGAGCUUAUAAUCUACCGAUAAAAGUUUGGCUGCCGUACGAUUUUACAGUUAACGAGAAAAUAUUUUACUUGACGUAUUUAUUUGUUAUCGCUGGUGUUGGUAAUGGAGCUUUCGCGAGCGGGGUAAUAGACCCGUUGGUAGCGGGUUUGGCGUAUCAGGCAACCGCACAACUGAAAAUACUGAAACAUAAUCUUCAGUUUUUGAGCGAACACCUGGAUGAAGAAAUUGUUGAUGUUACGAAUUGUUUAAACAAACAAGAGUUGUUGUAUGGGAGAAUUAAAAUGUGCAUUAAACAUCACAACGCGAUUUUAAAAUUCGUGUAUUUGUAUGAAGACACGUACUCAGCGGUCGUUUUUACUCAAUUUUUUGCCAGUGUUCUGGUCAUAUGUAACGCAUGUUUGCAGCUAAGUAUGGUGCAGCCAUUUACGUACGCCUUCUUCGCCAUGGUUUCGUUUCUAAGUAAUACAGUCAUUGAUGCUAUUUAUAUGGGACAGUGGUAUGACUACGACGUUAAAUCCAAAGAAGCUUUAAUCAUACUGAUGGAACGAUGUAAAAAACCCAUGGUUGUGACUGCGGGAAAAAUUUUGGACCUGUCUUUAAUUUUAAGAAGAGCCUAUUCGUUGCUCGCUGUUCUGAAGAAUUACUGA